GGGUUGGAGGGAGGGUGAGAGCGUAGGGGGGAGGAGGGGGUUUGUAAGGGAGAAUGGUAGUGGUGGUUCUCAGUAAGGACGAAUUCAGUCACUUCUCGAGUGUAAUGGGUGGUGCACAUACACUUACUGCACUCGCUUCUACCCUGGAAAAAUUAAAUUUAGAUGAACAAGAAAAGGAUAAAGGUGCUUCCCACUAAUGUAAUAAUACAUAAGGGAAGCAACGCUGUAUGACCCUGUCAGGUUUAUUGACUAAUUUGACUAUUAUUUCGUAAUGGAAAUAUACAAAAUGAUAAUGAUUGUAUAAGUUAGUGGUAAUAGCGAAGCGAGCAAUGGUACGUAAGAUGCAAUAACGACGCCAGAAUUCAGGAACAGAAAUCACAGCAUCACCACAGCAUCGACACAGUCCUAUAGCAUAAAAACAAACAUCAUCAGCCAAGAAAUUGAUAGCCAUUAUCAGGAGAGGGAAAGGAAGGAUGGGGUGCGGGGUAAGUCGGCCUGGUGCUGCUAAUCACCCAGAUCAUGACAGAGAACUUUCCAACGGAACUGGCUCCAGGCCUCCGGUGACGGUGACUGACGAAGCCACAGAGAAACCAAAGACUGGUGAAGAAGGAGCCUUCGAGCUGCCAGAAUCCGACUUUGUCGAUGGUCGACUGGGAAUUGUUGAAGCAGAGACCAUAGAGCACCUUAGGAACAACCUGGCAGUGGAUGAACAUUACUGCGAUGAGGACUUCCCUGCAGAUAAUACAUCUCUCUUCUUCUCCAGUCGUGUUGAUCCCGAUGUUGAGUGGAAGAGGCCCUAUGUGAUGGACCAUAUUAGUGUAUGGGUAAUAUCCCCAUCCCCACUUGCUACUUAUCAUCACAGGUUGCAUGGAUCAUAUGAAGCGUUAGAGGGAGGUCAGAGCAUGGAUGCCCUGGUUGACAUGACAGGAGGCCUGGCUGAGAGGUACGACAUGGAAGACGUUCCAGAUAAGGAUAAUCUCUACAAACUCCUCCUGAAGUCCUCCAUGAAUGGUGCCUUCAUCACUGCAUCUAGGAAGGGAGACUGGCGUCUGGCAUACAAGACUGAUGAAAAUGGACUGGUGGAGGGUCAUGCCUAUACGGUCUCUGGCGUGGCCAGUGUUAUACACGAGAAGCUGGGUAUCGUGAGGCUUGUCCGUGUGAGGAACCCUUGGGCCAGUGGCGCCGAGUGGAAUGGUGACUGGUGUGACAGUGAUGACAAGUGGGAUGGGGUGUCAGUGUCACAACUGAGUAAAUUGGGACGGACCCAGCAGGAGGACGGAGAGUUCUGGAUGAGCUACCAAGACUGGUGUAAUCAGUUUGAGGAAGUCUCUGUUUGUACCAUUGGUCCUGACUUCGAUCACAAUGGUACAGUGGACCGCAUUGGUCAGGUUCAGGCCAUCAAGGGUGAGUGGGUGGUUGGUGUGAGCGCUGGAGGCAGCAGGAAUGACUUUGACAAAUUUGCAACCAACCCACAGUACCUGCUGACCAUUACUGACCCAGACACAGAGGAGAGUGGGGAGGGAAGGUGCAGCAUACUGGUGGGUCUGAUGCAAGAGCACAGACGCUCACAUAGGCACACCUCUGUUAAGAUGCUCCAGAUUGGCUUUGUCAUCUACAAGACUCAGCAUCCAAAGUGCCGUCUGUCACCUGCCCACUUCUGCCACAGCUAUGAGGAAGGCACCUCUGGUACCUACAUAAACUUUCGAGAAGUGCUGGCCCGCAUGGAACUUGAACCUGGCCACUAUGUCAUUAUUCCUGCCACCUUUCUCCCAGACUGUCCAGGACACUUCAUGGUCAGGGUAUAUUCCCCAAAGGCAUUCCAACUUAAGAAGAUUACCUAAUGUCUCACUUAGCUUCCAUUAGUGGAGGUCAUACAUGUAAAAAUUGAGCAUGAAAUUUAAAGGCCUUUGACUUAAAAAAUACUUAGAAUAAAACUGUGAAAGUGUUGGAAAUCAUUAAAUGGUAACUUACAAUUAACUUGAAGCCUUUGGUAUUAAUAUUGCUUAUUAUUUUUGUGGAGAAUUUAGACAAAUAUUACUUGUACAAAUUUACAGAAGCCUUAGACCUCAUUAAUACCAUAUGACUCAUGUGUGUUUGAAUAUAAUAAUUAUAAACUGUGUAU